CUCUUAUCAGAAAAUCAGCUGUCAAUCGCAAGUUGCUAUUCGGUAGCCGGUGGUGCUUGUUCGCCUGUAAUUUCUCGAAAAGUGCGAUUGCUUUGAAAAUCAUCGCCACCACCAGCGACCUGUUUGCAACAAAGUAGAAUGAACACUAUAACGUGAUGGCGCUACUGUUACGCAACACUGUGCAUUCGCUGAGGAACCAAAUCAAGUUUGCCGCGACUGCCCGGUCAACAUUGUCCACGACUCCUGUGAAUUGCAAUGAAGAGCUGAAGGCGCAGGAAGCAGUUACUGCUGGAAAACCCAGGUCCCGCGGCGAGCCAACGCUCUUCGAUAAGAUCAUCGCCAAGGAGAUUCCCGCCGACAUAUUCUAUGAGGAUGAGAAGUGUCUGGCCUUCAACGACAUCGCGCCCCAAGCCCCAGUGCAUUUCCUCAUCAUACCCAAGCUGCGGAUUCCCAUGCUGGAGGUGAGUGAGCCCAGCGACAGUGAAGUUCUGGGACACCUGAUGAUUGUUGCGGGAAAACUAGGGAAAGAAAAGGCACCCAAAGGAUUCCGCAUGGUGGUCAAUAACGGCCUGCAUGGAUGCCAAAGUGUCUACCACCUGCAUCUGCACGUCUUGGGCGGACGACAGCUGAAAUGGCCUCCAGGCUAAGUGCAAUUGUUUUCAAUUGUAAACUGCUUCGUGAAUGAUAGUUUGUUUUUAAUAAAUUUCACUUGUUUCCUAAU